CUGGACGAGUUCUACGUGGGGCAGAUCCCGCUGAAGGAGGGGAUGCUGGACGAGUUCUACGUGGGGCAGAUCCCGCUGAAGGAGGGGAUGCUGGACGAGUUCUACGUGGGGCAGAUCCCGCUGAAGGAGGGGAUGUUUUGGGGGCUGGACGAGUUCUACGUGGGGCAGAUCCCGCUGAAGGAGGGGAUGCUGGACGAGUUCUACGUGGGGCAGAUCCCGCUGAAGGAGGGGAUGAUUUGGGGGCUGGACGAGUUCUACGUGGGGCAGAUCCCGCUGAAGGAGGGGAUGCUGGACGAGUUCUACGUGGGGCAGAUCCCGCUGAAGGAGGGGAUGCUGGACGAGUUCUACGUGGGGCAGAUCCCGCUGAAGGAGGGGAUGCUGGACAAGUUCUACGUGGGGCAGAUCCCGCUGAAGGAGGAGAUGCUGGACGAGUUCUACGUGGGGCAGAUCCCGCUGAAGGAGGGGAUGGAUCUCAUUGAUCGUUUUUGGGUUUUUUGUGUUCAGCUGGACGAGUUCUACGUGGGGCAGAUCCCGCUGAAGGAGGUGACGUUCGCGCGCCUCAACGACAACAUCCGCGAGGGGUUCCUGCGCGAGAUGUGCCGCAAGUUCGGGGAGGUGGAGGAGGUGGAGGUGCUGCUGCACCCGCGCACCCGCAAGCACCUGGGGCUGGCCCGCGUGCUCUUCAGCAGCUCCCGCGGCGCCAAGGAGAGCGUGCGGCACCUGCACAACUCCACCGUCAUGGGCACCUCCAUCCACGCCCAGAUCGACGUCAAGGGGCAGCAGCGCAUGAGGUACUACGAGCUCAUCGUCAGUGGCUCCUGCACCCCCCAGACGGUGCCCACGGGGGGCAAAGCGGCUCCAGAGCGGGGGGAGACGGUGAGGGGGGCCGCCCCCUCGGACCCCCCGCCGACGCCCUCGGCCGACGGCGCCGCCCCCGGCAACGGGACCCCGAGCUGGGGGCAGGGGGCUCCUUCAGGCCCUUCCCCGGCCCCGCCCUUCGGCCCCGCCCCCUCUGCCGAGGGCUCCGCCUACGGCGCCAGCCUGGACUCGCGCAUCGAGGCGCUGCUCAAGGAGCAGAGGGCCCACUUCUUCCUGCCCCCGACGACGACGAGGGGGAGGGCCUGCGGGGAGGGGCGGCCCCCGAGCACCCCCACGACCCCGCCCGCCCCGCUGGCCCCGCACUCCUCGGACCCUCCCCCACGACGGGAGGAGCCCCGGGGAGGGGAGCCGCUAGGACCACCUCCAGAACCCCUCGCUGCGGGGGGCCGGAGGGCGCGGGGGGCCGAGGAGAGACCCCGGAGUCGCCCAAGGCCAACGGGCAGGAUGGGGGGUCCCGGGGGGGGCCCCGUGGAGGGGGUGCUGGCGGCGCUGGUGCAGGAGAUGAAGGCCACGAUGCAGCGCGACCUCAACCGCAAGAUGGUGGAGAACGUGGCGUUCCGCGCCUUCGACGCCUGGUGGGAGCGCAAGGAGGAGCAGCUCAAGCCGUUCCAGACGGGGCGGGGGAGGAGAAGGAGCGAGCGAGGCCGAAGGAGCCCCCGCCCUCCUCUCCCUCGUGGACUGGGCCCGGGCGGGGCUCGGGCUGAGGGGGUCCUGCGGCUGCCUUCCUUCAAGUCCUGGGGAGUGUUUGUUUGGGGGUCCUGGGGGUGUUUGUUUGGGGGCCCUCGGCUGCCUUCCUUCAAGGUGAAAAGGAAAGAGCCGUCGGAGCUGAACGAGGCGGGGGAGGAGAAGCGGCCCCGGCCCCCCACGCCCCCCGAGGAGGAUGAGGACGACAAAGAACUCCCCCCUGGAGCCCCCCGGGCCGAGGCCCCCGGGAAGCGCCGGAAGCUUUUCCGCCUGGACAGCGAGGGGGAGGAGGCGUCCGAGGAGUCGUCCUCGGGCAAGGAGGAGGAGGAGGAAGAGGCCGAAGAGGCGCCGAGGAGGAGGAGGAGGAGAGGGAAGGGGGAGCCCCCCGCCCGCAGGGAGGGGGAGAGACGGGGACCCCCAGAGCGGGCAGAGGGUGAGUGG